ACUGCAAAUCGGAGAGAUAGAAGCUAUAUAUACAUAUACAUAUAUAUACAUAAUCUCGCCGGAAAAUUUAUGCCUAUAAUACUUUACGUAUCAAACUUCGUAAAAACGAUAGAGGAGGGUCGUGAGAGGUCCAGAAAUACUUCCCAAUAAAUUCCAGACCGAUUCGUAGUCACCGGAGCAUACUAGAGGUCGCCGGAGUUGCAAGCCAUGGAAACGGGUCUUCAGCGAAAGCGGACAAUUGGCCGUAGAUAGGGGUGGCGGAGCUUCUCCUCGACGUGAGGAUCAUUUUGCAACUUGAAUCGUCGAAAUCCGUUACCUAAGGAGAAUUCAAGUGAAGAUCAAGCUAGAGAUUUUAUUAAGGAGAUUAUCGCAAUUUAAGGUAAGUUCUAUGUUAACCAAAAUGUUUUGCCUCGUACUUAUAUGUAUGCAAUAUUUGCACUAUGUGAAUUAUUUAUGAAUUGGAAAUUAUAUGUUUGACAUGGAUCGAAUAUUUUGACUAUAUGAAUAUUGGUGGAUUAUUACCUUUUAUGGAUGAUUAAAUGUAUAUUCUUUUUAUUAAAGAAUAUUGGUGGAUUUAUAUUUAUUACAAAGGAUAUUUUGAGAAAAUGUGACAAUAAUGAUUUGGGGAAAACUUAAAGUUUUCAUAAUACAUAUUCUUACGUCUCGAGAGAAACACGAGGCGUGGGUGGUUAGGGCUACUACUACUUUUGGUGAAAUUUAUUUGGGUCGGUAACCAGUCCGGCAAUGACAUACUCCGGUAGACAUCCCGGGCUUUUAUUUGAGGAUCAAAGAUCCUUUGGUGAUCGUAGUAGUAGUUACCUAAUUUACCCUUGGACAAUGUCCCUUGUGAGUAGGUGGUAGAAAACAUCCUGCCUACUUGGGUUUCUUACUACUCGGAGGGCUUGGAAUCCCUUUUAGAGGGUGUGCACACUUAAGGUAGAAAUUCAGCUUCCAAUUGGUGGUCGGUGGGAGCCGGAAUUCCGGGAUGAGUCGUAGAUAACAACGACUCAUUGGGCUCGAGGAAUCUUGAGUUUCGCCCACUCUUAAAAGAAUCUAAAGUAUUACUUUUGGAGGAAUUGAAGGAUGAUAUUAUCUAUUGUGGAAAUUAUUUUAUGACAUUAAACUAUUUUGGAAAUAUGAGAGACUACUUUUCGAUAUAUAUACAUAUACAAAAACCUACUUUCCAAAUUAUAUUAUUUUACGGGUUCAGGUGGAAUCUUACUUAGCUCUAAAGCUAAUUUUUUUCUCUUUUUCUCUUUUUCUCUUUGCUCUAUUGUACAGAUGAGUAUGGUUAUGAAGAUUGAUGUACUUGUUGCCCGAGUGUCCCGCUAGUUGCACACGUUUGAUUAAUUAUUGGUGUUUAAAUUUGUAAUCCAUAAACUUGUUUUAAGCUUUAUCCGAUGGCUACUUGAAUUUAUGGUGGAUAGCCUGUGCACUCAAUCAUGUAUAUGUUGAGUGUGGCGGUGACACACCUGUUUUUCCAUUAAAGACUUCCGCUGUACUCUAAAUAUGUUUUAUAAUAAAGAUGUUUUCAUUUCAAAAUGUUAUUUUAUUUUGGUGGAAAAAAUGGGGGUGUUACAGCCGAAGGCUCCUGUUUUCCGCCGUUUUCUCCCAGUGGUUUCGCAUGCCCAAAAAUGGCUGUUCUGUGAGUUUUGGAGCCUUCGGCCAAGGAGGCCGAAGGCACCACUGAGUGCUUUGUGGGCUUCCUUGAACUUGGGCCACUGUUUGUGGGCCUCGGAUGCUCCAUGGGCUCAAUGGGCCUAUGUAGGAGAAGUAGGAGUCUAUGGGCCGGGGGUUCCUGGGCCAUAUACUCCAUCAAAACUUAUAUUUGAUUUUCAAAUCCAGGGAGCCUACGCCGACCAACAACAAACUCACACUUCAGAGAUCCAUCCCAAACUACCACUGAUUCAGGCCUACUUGGAUGUCUCUGAUAGUUAUGAUCCAUCAGAUGAUUUUUUUUUUCUCAGACGACUUUCUAGGGCACGCAACAGAAAGUGAGCGUCGACCACCAAUCUCCAAUAACAAUGAUAUAAGGGACUCAGAAUUCAACAGAGUGAUGUGUUACAAAUCCAAGUUCAUUGCUUUGGAUAAUUGUCUGCCAACAGAUAACUUAAACACACAACUGAAGAUUUAUAAAAAAUCUCAUAAGAACAAGCGGCGACAUAGCACGAGGACUCGAUCACAGCCCAAACAAUUCCCUUGGGCUUAGUUUUUUGUUUAAAUUUAUUUCAUUUCUUUUUUGUACAGUUUUUUAUUUUCUGUACGUUUUAUUAUUAUUAUUUUGCUUUUUUUCUCGCAUUGUACUAUUUCUUUUUAUCAAUAAAAAAUCUUUCUUUUCGU